UGACCUGAUUAAUUAAAGUAAGUGAAAUACUUGAUCGCGCUAUGAAUACAAAGGAAAAGGAGAAGUACAUUGAAGAAUUCGACUUUCCGCACUGCGACGAAUCAUCGAAGUAUGAAAAAGUUGCUAAAAUCGGCCAGGGUACUUUCGGAGAAGUGUUCAAAGCGAGGGAAAAGAACUGUAAUAAAAAAUUCGUUGCAAUGAAGAAAGUUCUCAUGGACAACGAGAAAGAAGGGUUUCCCAUCACAGCACUGAGAGAAAUAAGGAUACUGCAGUUACUGAAGCAUGAAAAUGUGGUUAAUUUAAUUGAAAUAUGCAGAACUCGAGCGGCUCAAUACAACCGUUAUCGAUCGACAUUCUACCUGGUGUUCGAUUUCUGCGAGCACGAUCUAGCAGGUCUGUUAUCCAAUGUAAACGUCAAGUUUAGCUUGGGUGAAAUAAAGAAAGUCAUGCAACAACUACUCAAUGGUCUGUACUACAUUCAUAGUAACAAGAUCUUACACAGAGAUAUGAAGGCUGCCAAUGUUCUUAUAACAAAAAACGGUAUAUUGAAACUCGCAGAUUUUGGACUGGCGCGUGCCUUUAGUGCCAACAAAAACGGUCAAGUAAAUCGUUACACAAACCGUGUUGUAACCCUCUGGUACAGACCACCAGAGCUAUUACUGGGAGACAGAAAUUAUGGUCCGCCGGUAGAUCUAUGGGGGGCAGGUUGUAUUAUGGCGGAAAUGUGGACUAGGUCACCAAUUAUGCAAGGAAACACUGAACAGCAACAGCUCACGCUUAUUUCUCAACUAUGUGGGUCUGUGACGACCGAAGUAUGGCCCGGAGUUGAAAAUUUAGAGUUAUUUAACAAGAUGGAAUUACCCAAAGGACAAAAAAGAAAGGUGAAGGAAAGACUAAAGCCGUAUGUCAAGGACCCCUUUGCUUGCGACCUUUUAGACAAGCUAUUAAUUCUCGAUCCCAGCAAAAGGUACGACUCUGAUUCGGCACUGAAUCACGAUUUUUUCUGGACCGACCCGAUGCCCUGUGAUCUCAGCAAAAUGUUGGCUCAGCACACUCAGAGUAUGUUCGAGUAUUUAGCACCACCGCGACGACCGGGUCACAUGCGUCAUCCGCAUCACCCAGUACCUGGAGGUCCUGCCAAGCCAAGUUCGAGUAUGGCGGACAGUGGUUAUCAGGACCGCGUAUUCUAGAAUGUACAUAGGCCCAACAGACGCUGUUACACAGAUACAUUAUACCUAUGUAUAGAUAGAUAGAAUUUAGCUAACGCUUUCAAGAAGCGUUGCUGUAUGACUGAAACGAGCGAUUGAAUUUCGAGAGUGUCGGACCAGUAGUGAUUUUUCUGGCCCAGUUCAUAUAAAUUAGACUGUUAUAAGUAAUUUUUUUUAAGUCAACACGUGUAAUAAUAUGCGUAAA